AUUUGGCGCGGUCGGUAGGACCGGCGACGGCAACGAUGGACCCUACGCGGCUGGAGCUAGACAGCCUCUGGACGGCUGUUGCCGAGGAAAGGGCCGAGCGCGAGCGACUGGAGGAACAGCUUCAGGGUCUCCUCAGAGGGCUCUCGGGAGGUGGUAUGCCUUCCGCGGACGCCGGGCUGCCGCUGAUCGUGCAGCAGGACGCGGAGCUGACUGAGGUGGUGACGGAGAUGCCGUCCUCCGCACUGUGGUCGUCGCCGGCGCCGUCGGACUCGGACCUGGUGGAGGUGGUGGUGGAGGUCCCACCCGCGGAUGGUGGUGCCGCGGGUGAAGCCAUGUGGGGGACGCAGCCAGAUGGAGAAUCGUUCCCGUCUCCUGACAGGAGACGCCCGGGAGACGGCGAGGAGGGCGGCGGACGACCACCCGUAUCUCCGACCGCCGCCAUCCUGGCGGAGGUUUCAGUCGGGGUCGACGGUGCCGACAUAUUGGGCGAGAUUCUGGGCGACCCGAUCGACACGGACUUUGGCUUGGGGGACAUCGCUGAGGGGUCCGGCGGUUCGCCGGAGGCUGGUCCGCCGGGGUCCGCCGUGCUCUUAAUAGGAGAUUCUAUGCUGAGCGGGGCGGACUUCCGGUGUGACCCCCCUCGGCGCCUGUCCGUGUGCGCGGUCCCCGGGCUGACUCUGAGCCGCUGGCUGCGGUCAAGCGCGACCGAAGUAAGGGCGUGGGUCUGUGGGAAAGGGGAGCUGACGGACCUCCAAGUCAUCUUAUGGCUGGGCGGUAAUGACGUUUACCCAAGGGGGGCCGCCUUCGACCCGGUCACGGUGGUGGCGACGCUGGGGCGGCUGAAGGAGACCAUCAUCGACACCCGUAGCCUUGGUUGCGCCGUGACCAUCCUCGGCGUGACGCCGCGGCCGGCCCGCGACGGUGGCAGAGUGUGGGAGUCCACCCCGGCCUUCUGGCUCGAACGGGCGCUGUGCGAACUGUGCCGCGAGACCGACUCCACUUUCGUCGCGCUCGGCCGACGCCUCUGCCGGCGGGAGGGGAGGAAACGGCGCUUUAAGAUGGACGGCAGGUUCUUCUCGGCUGACGGGGUCCACCUCAGCGCCGCCGGCUACCGGCGACUGAUGGGCUACCUGCCGGGGUGGCUCAGGCGCGGCCGACGCUAGGCGGCAUGUGUGAGGGCGCUCGGGACGGUGUGUAUGAAUGUAUGAUUCGAAGUUGUCGUUUUUGUUGU